AUGGAAACCCUCAUGCCCUCGGAUCGAGAACAACUUGAGCAGCUCCAGCGCGAGAACUCCCAACUUCGAGAGGAGCUCGCACACGCUCGGCUGAGCCUGGCCGAGACUCGAGAGGUCCAGAAAGAGGUCGAAAUCCUGAAGGCUGAGCUCGAGGAAGAACGGCGCGAAACCGAAGCGAAAUGGGAGGAGGUCUGCGAAAAACUGAUGCAAUCCGCCGAACGCGCCGAGGACAGCCCUGCAGCCCGAUCUUCACGUAAGGCAUCGAUAGAGGAGAUGCACACCUACCUCGACGCGUACGCCGAGAAGUGCAAGAAGCUGGAGGAGGAGCUGAGGGAGACAAAGGAGCGGAUAGAGCAGUCGUCGACGGAGAUCUCCAGGAAUGCAUCGCCCGAGCUGGAGGCCGAGCUGGCCGCUUGCCAACUACGGCUGGUGGAUGCUGAACGGAGACUGGAGGAGAAGGGAGAGACGAUAGGGAGGAUACAGGGGGAAUUGAAGGAGGCGACGGAGAAGAUGGAAGCCGAUAGGGUUGAGAAGAAGAAGCUGAAGGCUGCCGUGAAACAGUUGAGGGACAGGCAACAGCAACAGACGGUUACGGUAGCACAAAUGCCCGAGGAACCGAAGGUUCAGGUCAGUUUU